AUGGACGCCGCCGAGCAGCUGCCAGCACCGGCCGCGCCGACGACGCGCGCGCUGGUGCACGCGCAGCCGCCGGUCCACCCCUGGACCACGGGCCUGUUCGACUGCGCCGAGGACCCCGGGAACUGCUGGAUGACGUGCUUCUGCCCGUGCGUCACCUUCGGGCUGGUGGCGGAGAUCGUGGACCGCGGCUCCCUCUCCAGCGGGGCGAGCGCGGCGCUGUACGUGCUGAUGGGGAUGGUCACGUCCUGGUGGUUCCCGCCCAUCUACACCUGCUUCUACCGCACCAAGAUGCGCGCCCAGUACGGCCUCCAGGAGGAACCCUACCCGGACCUCUGCGUCCACUGCUUCUGCGAGUACUGCGCCCUCUGCCAGGAGUACCGCGAGCUCCACAACCGCGGCUUCGUCAUGGACAUCGGGUGGCACGCCAACAUGGAGCUGCAGCAGCGCGGCGGCGUGGCCGCGACCGUGCCGCCCGCCAUGCACGUAGACGGGAUGACGCGGUGA